GUGUGGGUCCCAGUGAUGGCGGCGGCCCAGGCGGAGGCGGGCGGUGCACGGUCGGUCACGGCCGGGUCCGCGGGCCCUGGGAUUGGUGACGUGGGGCCCGUGGGCCCCGCCAUGGGCGAGCAGGGGGUCGCCGGCCCCGCCGUGGACGGUCCCGAGGGCGAGGCGGGCGCCGCCACGGCAGCGGAGGAGCCGCCGGUGCCGCCGGCGCUGCCGGGGCUGCGGCUGGUGCAGCAGGGCGCCGAGGCGCACGUGUACCGCGGGCUGUUCCUCGGCCGGGCCGCGGUGGCGAAGCUCCGCGUCCCGAAGCGGUACCGCCACCCCGCGCUGGAGGAGCGUCUGAGCCGGCGGCGCAUGGCCCAGGAGGCGCGGUCACUGCUGCGGUGCCGGCGGGCAGGGAUUCCAGCUCCAGUGGUCUACUUCGUGGAUUAUGUCACCAACUCCAUCUAUCUUGAAGAUAUUGUAGACUCAAUUACUGUUCAGGAUCAUAUUUAUUCUGUACAAAAGAGUGGAGGUGAUACCAGUGGCCUCCAUAAGUUAGCAGAGAAGAUGGGUGAGCUGUUAGCAAGGAUGCACGAUGAGGAUAUUAUCCAUGGGGAUCUUACAACUGCCAAUCUCCUCCUGCGGCCACCCAUGGACAAGCUGGACUUGGUGUUGAUAGACUUUGGACUCAGUUUUAUUUCAGGUCUUCCAGAGGAUAAAGGAGUUGAUUUGUAUGUUCUGGAAAAAGCCUUCAUUAGCACUCAUCCAGAUACCGAAACAAUGUUCCAAGCUCUGCUAAAGACCUAUGCAGCCACGUCUAAAAAGUCUGGUCCUGUGAUCAAAAAGCUGGAUGAGGUUCGGCUAAGGGGAAGGAAGAGAUCCAUGAUUGGGUAGAAGAGAGUGGGGUUAGGGAUGGAGAAAUAAUAGGUUUUGCAAAUAGGGUUAUUUAUAUUUCUAGUUGGUUUUAUUUCACAGAUCACUAUUUUGAUAACUCUGUCUUCAAAUAAAUAAACUUGAAAGAGUUUUAAGUG